CCUGCACCCAGCUGCGGGAGGGAGGGAGGAAGGAGCGGAAUGCGGCGUGAAGACCUUCUCGAUGUCUGCUCGGGGAGGAGGUACUGACCCAGGGGCGGCCAGGCUGGUGCGUGUGUUUGGCCGGCCGGCGCUCACAGUGCCGUGGGGAAGUAACACUUUUCACUUUCCAGGUGGGAGAGAGAAUGUCUUUUCGAGGCGGAGGUCGUGGAGGCUUUAGUCGAGGUGGUGGAGGUGGAGGCUUCAACCGUGGCGGCGGCGGCACCAACAACCACUUCCGAGGUGGAGGCGGCGGCAAUUUCCGAGGCGGCGGCGGCAGGGGAGGAUUUGGACGAGGGGGUGGCCGCGGAGCCUUUAACAAAGGCCAAGACCAAGGACCUCCAGAACGUGUAGUCUUAUUAGGAGAGUUCCUGCAUCCCUGUGAAGAUGACAUAGUUUGUAAAUGUACCACAGAUGAAAAUAAGGUACCUUAUUUCAAUGCUCCUGUUUAUUUAGAAAACAAAGAACAAAUUGGAAAAGUGGAUGAAAUAUUUGGACAACUUAGAGAUUUUUAUUUUUCAGUUAAAUUGUCAGAAAACAUGAAGGCAUCAUCUUUUAAAAAACUACAGAAGUUUUAUAUAGACCCAUAUAAGCUGCUGCCACUGCAGAGGUUUCUACCUCGACCUCCAGGUGAGAAAGCACCUCCAAGAGGCGGUGGCAGGGGAGGUGGUCGAGGAGGAGGAAGAGGAGGAGUUGGCAGAGGUGGUGGAAGAGGCGGUGGCUUUAGAGGUGGAAGAGGUGGAGGUGGAGGCUUCAGAGGAGGAAGAGGAGGUGGUGGUUUCAGAGGGAGAGGACAUUAAGUGUGACACUCGACAGACUUCACCAGUUGGCUUCUGCAUUAACCUGCACGAUCUGCUUCUACUAUGGACUGAAAACUUGUUUCUUAAGCAAGUCUUGAAGAUCUGGUCAGUUUAUGACAGUGAAACUAAGAUGUCAGUGUCAUGCAAAAAUGAGUGCAGCAGAAUUUUGCUCUAAAAGAGCAUGAACAAGUCUUUUUCAUGUUUUGUACGGUGUCUGGCACUCUGUGGGUGCUUAAAUGAGUAGUUUUCAUUUGAAGUAUAUUUGAAUUUUUAAAAUAAAGUGUUUUAUUCCUUUAA